UGCUCAUCAAUUCAAAUUUUAACUGUUAUAACGUAUAUUAUAAUUUCUUUUCAAAGUAAGUAUUUCUGUAAAGAAGUGACUAUUUCUUAUGAUAAAAUUGUGUGAAAAGUCCUGCUAUUGUGUCAAAAUCGUCAAAAAGCCUGAAUUCAUUCUGGGACCUGAAAGUUCCUGCUUUCUUGCCGAAACAUCAGGAUAAUAUUGGACUUGCGAAGGUUCUUUUUUUUUCUACCGAAAUCGUCAAAAAGCAAGCAUUCUUUCGAAGAUCCGAAAGUUCCUGCUUUCCUACCGAAUUGCGAAGGUUCUGUUUUUUCUACCCGAAACGUCAAAAAUCCUGCAUUCUUUCGACGAGAAGAGUAAAGGGUUAUACUUGGUUCGACUGUCGGUUGCCGUGGCAACGCAAUUGCUUCACUCGUGUAUUAGAGAGGGGUAAAGAGGUAACAGGAAUAACAGCAGCGCAGUGCGCGCGCACAUUCGAUAUGAAUAGUCGUUCACAAGUCGUUCUCAAACAAAUCAGUAGUCGGAAUAAUAAUUCCUAGCAGUUCCUUCUAGAUGCGGGUAUGCUAUAAAAAAAUAACGCAUAGCGUAAAGAACCACCUUAAUUCGUCUUCUGGUACAUUCAAACUUCCGAGUAAAGAACAAACACCGGUCGCACAUGGAGUCAUCAUUCAGCUUGCAACAGAUAGAACGUUCAAAAUGUCAGCUCCAAUCCAGCGUUAAGAUCGGUUCAUUAUUCGAUAUCUGAAGGUAUCUAGAAAAAAAACACCGACAACCAUUGCAUCAUCACGUGAAACAAAUGAAUCGUUCAAUUAACCAUCUUCAACGUUAAAAUUAAUCUCUCAUCGAGUACACACUCCAUUCAGAAAAGAGCACCGAACUACGAUGGCAUCAUCAGUCGAACCAGCUGAAGCAAGUAAUUUAGACAUUCGUCAUUUAGAAAUACAAUUCAACCAUUUGAACGAUAUUUACGAAAACGCCAAACAAUCUUCUCAAACCUCUACACCACAAUACCACUUACUGCUGAAUCAAAUUCGGUCCAUAUCCAAAGUCUUAUUCGUACUGCAACGGAAACUGCAACACUCUUCGACGGAUUUGAAAAAUCAGCUUAGCAAAGUAGAGGAAAACAUACGUAACUUUAAACAUCUACCUCGUAAACCCAAGAAGCUCAAACGUACUGAAAUAUUCACUUCGACUAAACCGAACAUGAGUUUUUACUUUCAGUCUAAAGAAAACCGGUGUGAGAAAGUUAAUUCUCAUUACGUUGAAAUACUCGAAUCCGGUCAUCAGUUCUUGAGCCAUUUACCAUCGCCGAAUCGAUGGAGGCAGUUCGAUAAACGUAAACUGUACGACUCUGUUCGUCGAAUGAUUAUCAAACAUCAGUCGCAGAAAAUAAUCGAAAGGUUGAACAAGGUUUACGAUAUGAUUAAAUCUACGUAUAAUCAUAAAAAACUUGAUAUUUUACAGAAGUGCUGUGAAAAACUAGUCGAUAAAAUGAAUCUAAUCAAAACUUCUAGUUUGAAAGAUUUACUUACCAAGUAUCCUAAUUUUGAUCUCGAUUGGCUAUUCGUUUCCGAGCAAUGGUCUCCUAAAAGGUUCACCGAACACGAAUGUAAAAUGAUGUGGGAUCUAGUUGCUAAUCCUUUGAUUAAUAACGAAUCGUGGUCUAGAGCCGAAGAUCUAUUAUUGAAUAGUGUAGCUAAUCAGUUCAAGUGUCAGAACUGGGAUUCGAUUUGCCAGAAGUUGAAUAAUGGUCGAACGUCAUUUUUGUGUUUCAUUCGUUACCAAAAUUAUUUCAAGGAGUCGGUUCGUAAAACAGCCAAAGUGUAUAGUGAAAAUGAAAGCAAGCUAGUGAACGAGUUCAUCGAUAAAAGGUACAGAAGUAAUUAUCAUUUUACUCAUUUAGUAUCUCAGUUCGAUGAUAUCAAUCGUCAACAGUUGAAAACUCACAUAAAUCAUAUCGUUUCAUCGAAAGGUAAAGUUAAAGGUAAAUUCAACGUGAAGGAUAAAUUUUUAAUCAAUUUUUACGCCAAGAAAGGCCACUCGUGUAAGAAAAUAUCCCAAUUGGUACGUAACCGGACACCAAAACAAAUCUACGAUUAUCAAAUCAACUCUCGUAUUCUAUCGGUGGAUCGAAAAUGGACGUACAGAGAGAUCCAAAAAUUACUGACGGCUGUCAAGUACAACGGAGCUAGACGUUGGUCAGAGAUCAGUAAUUAUUUAGAGAACCGAUCUGCCAGCUGUUGUAAUCAUAAGUAUCGUUGGUUGAAGUCCAAAUAUCCCGAUCUCGUAGACUUAUAUUCUAAGAAAACUCCCAGUAUUAAAGAUAUUAAAUCUAUUCUACGUGAUCGUCAAACUGUGGUUUCGAGUAGAAAAUCUCGUAGCAUCGAUGAUGAAAUCGAAGCAUACUUCAUCGAGUAUUUAGAAAAAAAACCUCCUUCCCCUGACGGUAUCGAUCCAGCUGCAUUGGCCUCGAGUGUGAUAGAUAUUUUAAAAUUUUUGAAUUUAAAAGUCGAUCAGAAUACCAACCAAGAGGUAUUAUCUGAGUUGGGUGAAUGGUUAUUACGGUUUGACCAAACUGAUCCCAUGGAAGAAACUUCGAAUGAGUUUGAUACCAUGUUUAAGAAUUUAAACUCCGGUAAGAAAGAUAUAAAGAUGACGAAAAAUGCUACCUUUACUCAUAUCGUUCCUAAGACUUGCCCUGUGUUGCCUCCAAACAAGUGUACGAUGCUUGGAUUGGAUACGUUUCAGAAAAAUUUACAGAAGUGUUGUAGUAAUUCGAAUGUUGAUUUAACUCAGUUGUGGAGUAAAAUUAAUUCUGCUAAUAUUAGAAACAAAGAGUUCAUGGAAUCGAAGAUGCUUUUUUAUAGAAUUCUCAAAGCUUUGUUUUAUUGGCCGAUUAAACUUAAUACUUUGCCUCCGGAUUCGUUUUUGUAAAUUUUUUUCCAUCUUUUGAAAUAUUUUAUAUUUACGAACUGAUCAGGUUAGAAAUGCUGGUAUUUUUUAUUUGAACUUUUGUGAUUUUUUAAGAUGUUGAACUUGCAGUUAUUUUUAUUAAUUAUUUCUUCAAAUUAAUUAUAAAUGAUGAACAAUCACUUGAGAUGUUACGAUUCAGUACAGUUUGAACUUGCAGUUAUUUUUAUUAAUUAUUUCUUCAAAUUAAUUAUAAAUGAUGAACAAUCACUUGAGAUGUUACGAUUCAGUACAGUUUAAUUUUUUUUAUCACAUAUUAUCAUUUUUUCAAAGCAUUAUUUUAUUCAAAGUAACGUUGAUGAACCAGUGCACCUUUUUAGAUUUUUUUAAAAUAAUAAUAUCGAGUAGAAGUUCACAAAAUUCCGAAAAUAAAUUUUAAAAAAUAAAAGUGUUCUCUUACUGAAUUUUUAAAUUAAAAAAAUUGCCUCCUUCGAAUUUUUAAUGCAUGAUUACUUUUCAAGUAUUUUUAAUGACUUACCUGUUUAAUUUUUAAUAAUUUUUUAAGAUGUUGAGACUGGCUGUUGUUACUUUCAUUUUUUUUUUGUUUUUACCUAUAAAUAAUUACCUAAUAUUCUGUUAAGAUGAUAAAAAGAAUAAAUUGAAUAUCUUUUUUAAUUUU